AUCUCACUCAUACUUAUUCUUUCUAUGUCUCUUUUAACUCUUUACUUAGUGAACACCGGAGCAUACAUUGGGGCAAUUAGCGUUGAUCGUUUCGAGCAUUCUCAGUAUAAAAUUGAAUUCAAUUAAUACAACAAACAAGUAAGAUCCUGAAAGAUAAACUUGAGGGGUUACUUGUCCAAUUUACCCUUCUAUAUUGUCUCUGUUUUCGUUACAAAAGCUGCGACCUCUGUAUACCUGACCUUCACGAUCUCUCCCUUCCUUUCUCUCUUCUCGAAGAAGAAGAAGAAGAAGAAGAAGAAGAAGAAUGGGGAUCAGAUUCAUAUUAAUGGUGAACAAGCAAGGCCAAACCCGUCUUGCCCAAUACUAUGAGUAUCUUACUAUCCAAGAAAGAAGAGCUCUCGAAGGCGAAAUCGUUCGCAAGUGCCUUGCCCGUACCGAGCUCCAGUGUUCAUUUGUUGAACAUCGGAACUACAAAAUUGUAUACAGGCGAUAUGCAUCAUUGUUUUUCUUGGUUGGAGUGGACAAUGAUGAAAAUGAGCUUGCAAUUCUGGAGUUCAUACACCUGUUAGUUGAAACCAUGGACCGUCAUUUUGGCAAUGUGUGUGAGCUAGACAUCAUGUUCCAUCUGGAGAAAGCACAUUUCAUGCUAGAGGAAAUGGUCAUGAACGGAUGCAUCGUUGAGACAAGCAAGGCUAACAUCCUGGCCCCUAUACAGUUGAUGGACAAAGCAUCUUAAACUAUCCGGUACUUUGAAGAUGCUGAAUGAUGCAUCGAGAUUUUCUGUGAGAUUCAUUGUAUUGUUGCUCGGAUCUCAUUUGAUAUUUGCUGUUGUAUUUUAUUUUAUUUUUGCUAGGCAUGUUAAUUCGUGUUGUUAAAGCAAGCAAAACAAGCUUUAAGUGUGUCAGAGUUGGAUUUGUUCAAAACCCUGUAGGAAAAUGUGCCCUUAAAUUGAUUAAAAGAGUUAAUAAAACAUUGGAAGGUGGUGUUGAUCCUUUCAUUA